CUUGGCCUUCCAUACAUGACAGGAGCGGUCGCGUAAAUUAUACGUCACAGAAGUUGAGGCGAAUCUUCAGCAUGCACUCAGGACAAAUUCGUUUUUGAUUUAUUCUCGUAUUUUAUAUUCUAUACUUUUAGCCUCUCGGACACUUCCCGUCACGUAUACAGCAGUGUAUAGGAAACUCAUACGGCGUCAUUGAUAUUGAGUAAUGGCUUUAUCAGCUACAUGUUGUCGGACAGUCAUGUUUGUCAAACGUAGGAUUUGUGUUGCUUCAAGGAUGAAAUGUUUGCCAUUUUCAACCAAUGAAACCAUUUCAGCUGACCAGAGGAAGCAGCCAUCGAAGAAGAAGCGGUUGAGAAAAAGUCAGAGGAAACCCACUUGGACUGAUAAUGUGUCGUGGGAGGACAGGCUGGCUGACGUAGUCACCCCUCUGUGGAGGCUGAGUUAUGAAGAGCAACUUGAAGUCAAGCUAAAGCAUCAGAGAAUGAUUCUGUCUCAGCUCUGUGGGUAUCUAUCUGCUGACUCACAAUCCUCAACACCUGUCAAGACUAGACUCAACUUCCCUGUCCUUCCUGUCUUACCAUCACCAGUGAGGGACGGCUACCGCAACAAGUCUUCAUUUUCUGUGAACAGGGGAGUGGAUGGAAACCCCAAAACUGUUGGGUUUUACAUUGGCAGAGGCAAAGAGGGAAACAUUAUCUGUGUCAAUGGUGACCACCUGCUCAACAUGCCAGAGAAGCACAAACUGGUGGCCAGAUGCUACCAGGAUUUUGUGCGCCUCUCUUCCUUGGAGCCCUGCCUGCUGUUCCACACGGGGGGCCACUGGAGAGAGGUGACAGUGAGGACCAACGCAGAGGGCCACACCAUGGUUAUAGUGUAUUUCCAUCCACAGACGCUUACACCGGAGGAUGUGGCGCACCACAAGGCUGAGCUGGUGGAUUACUUCACACGGGGGCCUGGAUCCGUCUGUCAGCUGGACUCGUUGUUCUUCCAGGAGAGCAAAAUGACUCGCUGCACUCAUGAGAAGUCUCCCUACCAGCUCCUCUAUGGUCAGCCACACAUGUAUGAGGAGGUGUUGGGCUUCAAGUUCCGUAUCUCUGCCGACGCCUUCUUCCAGGUGAACCGAUCAGCUGCUGAGGUGCUGUAUCGCACAGUCAGAGACCUUUGUGUCCCAAACCAGGAGGACUGUGGAGGAACAUCUAAAGCUGGUGGGACUCUCCUGGAUGUGUGUUGUGGGACCGGUGCUAUCGGUAUCACUACGUCUCCCAGAGUGGGCAGAAUUAUCGGUGUGGAGCUUGUGGAGCAGGCAGUGGAAGACGCCAGACACAACGCAGCUCUCAAUAAUGUCCUGAACUGUGAGUUUAUCCCCGGAAAAGCAGAGGUGGUGCUUCCUGGUCUUAUGUCUCAGUUGAGCUCUGCAGGUGGAGAUCUCUCAGCAGCUGUGGUAAAUCCCUCUCGAGCCGGCCUCCACUACAGAGUGGUACGAGCUUUACGAAAUCAACCAGGUAUCCGCAGGUUGGUCUUUGUCUCAUGUAAACCAGAUGGAGAGGCGAUGAGGAAUUUCAGGGAGCUUUGCUGCCCUCCUGAGCAGAAACUCACAGGAAAAGCUUUUACCCCGACUCUGGCAGUGCCCGUGGACAUGUUCCCACACACUCCUCAUUGUGAACUGGUGCUACUGUUUGAGAGGUAGCAAAAAGACUUUGUUCAGGGGUGGGGUAGAACUCACUGAAAACAACUCUCAGGAUUGAAUAAUGAAGUGCUGGAUGAUAAAUGAAAAUGAAAUCUAUGUAAACACAUAAAAAAAGUAAUCCUCUUGAAA